AUGCUCCAGAGCGAACAUCAGAGCUCCUUUCUCUUUUGCAAGCUGUACGAAUGGAAUUUUCUCGUUAGUUACCCAACCGAUAUCUAGAACUCCAGUUCCUCCCACCAUCAGGAAAGCGACAUUUCCGCCUUUCCGGUAAUAUCGAUUGUUGUAGAAGUAACGUUGGGGCCACUCCUUAUUUUCUUGAAAAUGAUCGAGUUUCUGCUUGAAGUAAGCUUCUCUACCACCGAAUCCACCUUGACUCGCAAAACCCUUGAAAACAGCUUUUUUUCAACAUUUGCACUUAUUCCGUUAUCAGCCGUAAGAUUGACUUCUUUCAUGCGGGUCAUGGGAUCUCCAAGGUGA